AAAACCAAAAGCCUCUCUCCAGGAACGAACUCCUCGCGCCGCGACCGCGACAACCGACCAACCCGACGCCGCCACGGCCACGGCGAGCCCCCUCCGCCGCCUCCGCCUCCGCCUCCGCCUCGCCGCCUGCCUCCGCGCGCCCCCGCCCUGCGACGCCGCCGCCGACCCGCCCGCGCUCCUCCGCCGCAGGCGCCCCUGGAAGCUGCCGUCGCGACCCGGCCCCGCGGCCGACGGCCCGAUGAUGGACGCGCCGCCACCACCGCGGACGACGACGCCGACCACCACGCCCCCGGCGUCGCCGCGGCCCCAGACGCAGCCGCAGGCCCAGGCCUCCGCGGCCGUGCCCUCCAGGCGCUACGGCGUGCAUUUCUCCGCCUCCAGCUUCAUCCAGGCGCCGCUCUCGGCGCUGCUCGAGUACUCGGGCGUCCUCCGCGCCGACCCCGGCCCGCACCACCCGCCCGCCGGGGGCGGCGAGGUGUCGAUCCGGAUCGUGGGGCCGGCGGCCACCGACGGGGCCGUCGUGCAGGAGGAGGGGGACGCCGCGGGAGGGGCGCAACCCUCCGCGCCGGCGGCCGCGGCCGGCGCCGACUCCUCCUCCUCAUACCAGAGGUACGACAUACAGCAGGUGGCCAGGUGGGUGGAGCAGAUACUGCCAUUCACGCUGCUGCUGCUCGUCGUCUUCAUCAGACAGCACCUGCAAGGUUUCUUUGUCACCAUCUGGAUUGCUGCCGUGAUGUUCAAGUCCAAUGACAUCCUGCGCAAGCAGACUGCUCUAAAGGGGGAGAGAAAAAUGUUAAUUCUUGUUGGGAUUACAAUAUUAUUUGUCGUUCAUGUAUCUGGAGUGUACUGGUGUUACAAGAAUGGUGAUCUUAUCAGACCUCUGGUCAUGCUUCCUCCAAAAGAUAUACCACCAUUUUGGCAUGCAAUAUUUGUAAUCCUAGUGAAUGAUACAAUGGUGCGCCAAACUGCUAUGAUUGUGAAGUGCAUACUGCUAAUGUACUACAGGAACACCAAGGGCCGUAGCUAUCGUAGGCAGGGUCAAAUGUUAACACUUGUGGAAUACUUUCUACUUCUGUACCGUGCCUUAUUGCCUGCUCCUGUAUGGUAUCGCUUUUUCCUGAACAAGGAGUAUGGGAGCCUAUUUUCCUCGCUAACCACUGGACUAUAUCUUACGUUCAAGUUGACAUCUGUUGUGGAAAAGAUUCAAUCAUUUUUUACAUCACUGAGAGCAUUGUCCCAUAAAGACUUUCAUUAUGGCUCAUAUGCAACGAGUGAGCAGGUUGCUGCUGCUGGAGAUAUGUGUGCUAUAUGCCAAGAGAAGAUGCACGUCCCCAUUCUUUUGCGCUGUAAACAUGUCUUCUGUGAAGAUUGUGUCUCUGAAUGGUUUGAGAGGGAGCGCACCUGCCCACUGUGCAGGGCACUGGUGAAGCCAGCAGACCUCCGGUCAUUCGGCGACGGUUCGACAAGCCUCUUUUUCCAGCUUUUCUAGGCCGCAAACAGCCAGCAGGGAACCUCGCUUGCUUUGCGCUGUGCAGAUAAGAAAGCAGAUGUUAUAGGUGUGAGUGUGUGCGUUGUGUUUGUCCGUGUUUCGCGAGCAGAGCGGCCCGGUGAGGUGCUGAACGGAUCCCAACGCCCCCUUCCCAGCUGAAGGUGGAGGGUGCAUGAGUGUGUUUGUUCCCAUGUGUGCAUAUUAUCCCCUGUAUAGGCUAUAAGAAAUCUUACCCUACUACGAUUUACAUAAAUAGAAAUGAGUAUAUAUAGACCA